GGACGGUAAUGAUUACAGUGGUAUAAACACUUUUUAGUAAAGAGGUGUAGGAUGAGAUCCACUUAUUUUUUUCAUUCCAAAGGUUUUAUUUUCGCCGUUGACAGAGUUCAAAUGUUUUUAAAACAUGACGAGACUUGCAUUGCACAAAAGUCUAAUUGAAUUGUCUGUUUGCAGAAUGGACCAAUGUCAGACAUGGAACGACUGGAACUUUUUGAAAAACUAGAGAAAGCGGAGGGACGGAUUGUUGCUCUUGAAAAACAGUUGGCAGAUAACGUCAGAAAAUGGGCGAAGGAUAAAGCCGACCUACAGAUGAAACUAAACGAAAGUCAGGUCGCUCAGAGGACAGGAUACAAAAAUUCGUCCACUUCUGUUGAUAUUCUGGACUGGCAUAAUGGACCAAAGCCAAAUUCACCUUCAAGACACUUGGGUCCGCGACGACCGUCACCUAAACUGGAUCCUCUGGAGAGAAGAUAGCAUUUAGAACUUAGCCAGUCUUAGUGGAUUAUUUCAUGAUCAGAGGACACUGGACUCCAGCUAGGCAACAAUUAUCCAGAACGCAUUGGUCCUUUCUCUCCAGUCAAGAUCUGAAUAUUAAUUUUCCUGACUAAACCACCCAUUCUUUGUCGAGUAUUCCUCGGAAUUUUUUUAUGUCUGAAUAGUAAUCCCCGACUUGAUUUGAGGGCUUUUCAAUUGAGUGUCGUAUAUCAAAAACCAAAGCAAGAACAACUACCAAUCAGGAUCAAAGAAACUAUCGCAAAGACGUGCCAAGAGUGCUCGAGGUAAAAACAAGUAAACUGCCGGAAGAGCGGGAAAACACGAGUCACAAAGUCGAGAUUGGUGUUAGUUUUGCAUCUUGGUUGAGAGAAUGGCGCGAGUGAUCUUGACCAAUCACAGAGCGAAGUAAAGCAAAACCAAAAGUAAUCUCGGAUGUCUUUCGACUCUCAGUUAAAAAUUGCUCUGUAACUCGACCAUCAUCAGUUAUUUGCUAAACCUCUGUGAGGUUAAUUUACACAAUUAUCGGAAUAGGAGGUUAGUUGAGCCGUCUUUACGGAAGACCAUACGAAUUGUUUUGUCAAUAAUUUUUUGGGACUCACCGAAAAUUUCUUAAAUCCAAGAAAUGGUAGGUUGGAAGUUUGAUACAUUUACGAUCUGUGUACUUCAUUAUAGUUCUCUAAUAAC